AUGGUCACUACCUCGACUACUACUACUUUGACCAUGAACACAUUCCCCGCAGGUACCCGUGUUUUCUACUGGUGUUCUACUGGCCCGAUAAUCUACGCGACAGUCCUAUCGUCGAGCCGUUUGCCGGACGGCACACAGCUCCUCAAAAUCAAAGACGACUAUGGGGAGCUAAUAACACUCCCGGCUGCUGGUGUCACCCUGGUGUCCUGA